AUGAAAAAGAAAUAAACAAAAAAGCAAUAACAAUAGCAACAGAAAAAGUAAACUCCUCUUAAUUCUGGGUAAUUGAUAAAAUUAAUGGAUGAAUAACAUAAGAAGGGGUAGUAUAAGGAAUACCCAUUAUAUGGAUUAAACUUUGCAAAAAUCCCAAUAAUAACAUUCACACCUGAAAUUAAUAAAUACCUCUAAAAAUAUCCAAAUGAAAGUAAGUAUUGUACUGAUAUGACUUUAAUAGCUUCAAUAGGUUUUACUAAAUGUUAUUUGAAUAGUUUGGAAGGGUUGGAAUAUGCAGGAGAAAAAGUGGCAACAAUAAUAAUGAACUACAAUAAUCUAUAAGGAGAUAGUUUGUUAAAGAUUUCGAAGUUAUUUCCAAAUAUUACUCAUUUGAAUCUAAGUCACAAUUAAAUAUCUAAGAUUGAGGAUUUGCAACAUUUAAAUAAAUUUAAGAAAUUAGAGCAUCUUGAUCUGCGUUUCAACCCAGUAAAACGAUACAAGGACUAUAGAAAGAUUGUUUUUGAAUAGAUUCCUUAAUUAUAACUCUUAGAUUACGAUCAGGAUGUUGAUGAUUCAAUGGACAACUCUAGCAGAGACAAUUGGUUAUCUAGUCAAGUUGAGGAGAGUGAGAGCGAGGCUAGUUUUGAUGAUGAGUCGAGUGAAGAUGUUAAGCCCAAAAAGAAGGUUAAAAAAUGA